CAUACCCAUGAGGUGUUAUUACCACAGCAAGAUCUCGACAAAUGCACUUGAAUCUUGACGCCAGAUGAUGGGACAUUAACACGGAGACGACAAUAUAGUGCACAGAUGAGCACCGAUACAAAUGCCAACCCUGCAGCGAAGGAUGUUGAGGAGAAGAAAGCGGCCGGCCCAUCCUCCUCAUCAUCGGAGAACAUCGACGAGGAGGAUGAUUUCUUCCAAAUCGAGGGACCAGUUCUCAGCACCCAAUUCUCCCUGGCUGGACCAGCCCUCGACGAGUGCCCUGACCCGACAAGGAUCCCCUCAUCGGUCUUCGCGAGGACGUCGACGGCACCGAACGAUUGGAGUGUUACAUCGAAUGAGUCUCUCUUUAGCAUCAACGUGGGGAACACGAGCUUCUCCAAGGACCAUAAGAUCUUGUAUGGCAAGUCGGGUGAGAUGGGCAACCCCAACGAGCCUUUGGCGCCAUUGCCAUUGUUGCCGCAGCAGAGCUUGGGAUCCAGCACCAUCAAGGGGGCAGUGUCACCCAAGGCAACCGGGGAAGGCAGCUCGACUAUGAAGGGGGAAGGAGACGAGGAUCACAUAAAUAGCAUGUCACACCAUUCCGAAGGAAGCACGACCAACUUCGCAUUCCCAAUUUAUCGGCAUACACUGACACUCUUUUUAUCUCCUUAA